UUCGCUGGUAGUGGGUAGUGAGGGAGGUGUUGCCGCCGCUUCUUGGUCCCUUGGCCUCGGUCCGGGGAAGGCGGGCAUGAAAAUCACGAGGCAGAAACAUGCAAAGAAGCAUCUCGGCUUCUUCCGCAACAAUUUCGGAGUCCGCGAGCCGUACCAGAUCCUGCUGGACGGUACCUUCUGUCAGGCGGCGCUGCGGGGCCGCAUCCAGCUGCGGGAGCAGCUGCCCCGCUACCUCAUGGGGGAGACACAGCUGUGCACCACCAGGUGUGUGUUAAAAGAGUUGGAAACAUUGGGACAGGACUUAUAUGGAGCAAAACUGAUUGCCCAAAAAUGCCAGGUCCGAAAUUGUUCCCAUUUCAAGAAUGCAGUGAGUGGAUCAGAAUGUCUGCUUUCCAUGGUUGAAGAGGGAAAUCCUCAUCAUUAUUUUGUGGCAUCACAGGAUCAGAAUUUGUCUAUGAAAGUAAAGAAAAAGCCCGGAGUUCCUCUUAUGUUUAUUAUUCAGAACACUAUAGUCUUGGACAAACCUUCUCCUAAAACAGUUGCCUUUGUUAAAGCAGUAGAGUCAGGUCAGCUUGUCUCAGUUCAUGAGAAGCAAAGUAUCAAGCAACUCAAAGAGGAACAGGGUUUAGUGAAAAACCCUGAACAGAGAAAAAGAAAAAAGCGCAAGAAAAUAAGUGGCCCCAAUCCUCUUAGCUGUUUGAAGAAAAAGAAAAAACCACAAGAUACAAAACCAUCUGCCUCCGAAAAGAAAAGAAAAAGAAAGAGAAUCCGGAACAGAUCAACCUCAAAAGUAGUUUCUGAAAAGGAGAAUGCAGAAGGAUAAGGAAUUCUCUGGAUACUCUGAAAGACAUUU